AUGCAUUGGUCCCCACAGUUUUCCGUAAUCGGACGUUGUGAUUACCCGAAGACAUGUGAACUUCUCGUUCAAUUGUUCGACCUUUCCGCGACCAGCUUGGAGACUGGCCUGGCUCAUGUUAGCGCCACACCCGCCGGCUCAGUUGAUCCGGCUGUUCACACUGCCAUCCGUAUUGAACAGCUUCGACUCGCUUGGCUGGUGCACAUGAUCGGUAGGUAG